AGCACUCGGUGCGCGUGCGCGGAGGCCUGCGCGCUCUGCGGCGCGGUCCGCGGCGGAGGCGGCUCGAGCGGACAGGGGGUGGCGGAUGGCUCUGCGGGGCCAGGCGGUCUUCGGACCCGGUUCCCGCGGGUCGUUGGACGAGGCUGGGGCCGAGGGGCGCGAGGCGGCGGCCCUUGCGGCGGCGGGAGUCGCGCUGGAGGACGAUGAGGAGGACGAUGGCCGCCGGGGCCUGCUGCGCUGGGACGGCUUCUCAGCCUGGCUACACUGCGUGUGUGUGGUGGGCUUCGACCUGGAGCUGGGCCAGGCGGUGGAGGUAAUUUAUCCUCAGCAUUGCAAACUCACUGAUAAAGAAAAAACGAACAUUUGCUAUUUGUCCUUUCCAGACUCAAAUUCAGGUUGUCUAGGAGACACCCAGUUUUGUUUUAGAUUCCGCCAGUCUUCUGGGAGGAGGGUCUCACUGCACUGUCUUCUUGAUGAAUUUGACAAAGAUUUACCAGUUUACUUAAAGAAAGAUCCUGCAUACUUUUAUGGAUAUGUGUAUUUUCGACAAGUUCGAGAUAAAACUCUUAAAAGAGGCUACUUCCAGAAGUCAUUGGUUUUGAUCAGCAAACUACCUUAUAUUCAUUUUUUUCACACCGUACUCAAACAGAUAGCACCAGAGUAUUUUGAAAAAAAUGAACCUUAUUUGGAAGCAGCCUGCAAUGACGUUGACCGAUGGCCGGCCCCAGUGCCAGGGAAAACAUUGCAUCUGCCUAUCAUGGGACUAGUAAUGAAGGUGCGGAUUCCCACGUGUCAUGACAAGCCUGGGACCACGCAGUUAACUCAGCAGGCAGAUACACACACAUCUGUUAUUUUGCCUACUGUUCAUGAGGUGGAUCUUUUCAGGUGUUUUUGCCCAGUUUUUCUUCACAGCCAGAUGCUUUGGGAGUUGGUGCUGUUGGGAGAGCCCCUUGUGGUCAUGGCACCGUCGCCGUCAGAGUCUUCAGAAACUGUACUGGCCCUCGUUAACUGUAUUUCUCCAUUAAAGUACUUUAGUGAUUUUCGACCUUACUUCACAAUUCAUGAUAGUGAAUUCAAAGAAUAUACUACCCGUACUCAAGCUCCGCCCUCAGUCAUCUUAGGAGUAACCAAUCCCUUUUUUGCUAAAACACUACAGCACUGGCCACACAUUAUUCGAAUAGGAGAUCUUAAACCUGCAGGUGAAAUUCCUAAGCAAGUUAAAGUGAAAAAACUGAAGAACCUAAAAACUCUGGAUUCUAAACCUGGAGUUUAUACUUCUUACAAGCCAUAUCUAAACAGAGAUGAGGAGAUCAUUAAACAACUCCAGAAGGGUGUACAGCAGAAACGUCCUUCGGAGGCCCAAAGUGUUAUUCUCCGACGCUAUUUUUUGGAACUGACACAAAGUUUCAUCAUUCCAUUAGAAAGAUAUGUGGCUAGCUUGAUGCCUUUGCAGAAGAGUAUUUCUCCGUGGAAGAGUCCACCCCAGCUAAGGCAGUUCCUUCCAGAAGAAUUUAUGAAAACGCUUGAGAAAACGGGGCCUCAGCUCACCUCUGGAAUAAAGGGCGAUUGGAUCGGGCUUUACCGGCAGUUUCUAAAGUCUCCAAAUUUUGAUGGCUGGUUCAAGACCCGGAGAAAAGAAAUGACCCACAAAUUGGAGGCCCUUCAUCUAGAAGCUCUUUGUGAAGAGGACCUCCUUCUCUGGAUCCAGAAACACACAGAAGUAGAAACAGUGGACCUUGUAUUGAAGCUGAAAAAUAAGCUGUUGCAGGCUGACCGAGAGAAUUUACCUGUGAAACCUGACACUGUGGAGAAGUUACGGACACAUAUAGAUGCGAUUAUCCUCGCAUUACCGGAGGAUCUGCAAGGCAUACUGCUCAAGACUGGCAUGACAUGAUACUUAGCAGAUUCUCCUGCCAGAAAGGACUGUGAACCAUGAAGCAUACUGACAUUUUAUCUAGACGCGCACAGGAGCUGUCUUGGUGGCAGGAGCACGGAAACCAGCAGCAGUUGCUAGAUACAGGUGGAAGGACUGAGCAUAUAAACAGACAUUUUUAGUGCAUUCUGUGGUGGUUCCAGAAUACUGGAAUACCGAACGGCGUUUCCACGUCUGUAAUCAUGUUCUAAAGUGCUCUUAGGAGAGACCUAUGGGGCCAUCCAUGUAAGGCCUCCGAACUGCAGUGCCGGCACUGCAGAUAUUUUUUUAAUUGGUGCUGCUUUGCCCAAUCAAUGUUGAAACUCAGGGGAAUAUAAAAAUAAUGUUCACACUGGCUGUCUUCUUAAGAAGGAAAACUGAACUUCCGAACUGUAGUUAGAUAUAACUGAGGCUUAUGUAGUGCCUUCCAUUGUCCUAUAUGUUUCACAGGGUCCAGCUGCUAAGUUUAAAGCUUUUUCUUUUUUAAUUAUGAUAACUUUAAAGGCAUUAUGUCAAGUAAUCAUUUGCUCAAAAGUG